AUGGGCUACUGCCGUGUUUUUCAACCUGUGGGCCGUGCGCUGUCAGUGUUGCGGUCCAGUGAAGAGGUGGCACCCGCUCCGCAGAACAAGUUCAUAGGAGACAUUGAGGAGCUGGCGGCGAGCUACGAGCGGAAACUUAUCGAGGUGGCGGAGAUGCACGGCGAGCUUAUCGAGUUUAAUGAACGCCUGUACUGCUCCCUCAUGGCCAAGGACCGUCUUAUUGUCCACAUGAGACAGGAACUCAUCGACCUCCGCGGACCGAUUCCCGGUGAUUUGAGCCAGACAUCGGAUGACCCCAGUUUGUCGGAUUUUGAAACCGCCCACCGAGCCCUCAUCAAUGUGUGGAUCCCCUCAGUGUUCCUUCAGGGCCGCGCUGCCAACGCCUACCACGUCUAUCAGAUCUCGUGUCAAUAUGGACGGGACACGCUACGAGGCCAUGUUUUAUCUGCUGUGAUUCAUGGAUCACAGAGCAACAAUGCUACUCUGAACUACGCCUAA